GGAGGAAUGGCCUGCGUGGACCGCUACACCUCCAGCUGCCUCUCGACGGAGGAGCGCACGGAACUGGAGCAGCAUCUGAAGGGCGCCAGGUCCUUCCUCGCCUUCCUCUGCGACGACCCCGUCUUCCAGAGAGAUUACCUCUCCCACGGGUCAUGUCUCAGAGACGUGAGCGACGAUUGGGAGAAAUGCCAUUACCACUUCAAGCACUUGGUCAGUCUCCAGCACCGCAUCCCCAACAUCACGGAAGCCACGAGGGACCACAACAUAUGCUGCAUCCGCGAGGGCUUCCUGUCCUGCGUCUACGGCGUGAGUUACUUCCGCUGCGAGAAGCACCAGGCGAUGUUCCUGAAGAAGGUGACGGCGACUCUCUCCUACAACGACGUGCAGGAGGAAAAGUGCCGCAACGUGAGCCUGAGGAUGUGCUCGGGGGCGUCUGGCCCUCGUGGCACUGUGGCUUUCGUGGCAGCCCUUGGAACUCUGGCCCUCCUGUGGUGGAGGCGUCCAUCCGUGUCGUAA